GUUUUUUUUUUGGUUUCUUUUUUUUCCUUGACAGUAAUUGAUUAAAAACCAAAUCCUUUCUGGCUUCUGAAAGGCCAGACUGUUAAGACUUUCAGGCGAAUAGCAGAAGCAUUUUUGUUCCAAAGGAUAUGGGAAAAGGAAUUCUUUUGAGUUGGCUGUGGAGAGUUGGUAUCUGUGCUGUUACUGGGCACUGGCUUUGCACGUGGGUGUCUCACUGUUAAAGUAUAGUUAAGAUAUAUAGUACUGGGGUUUGGCUGUUUGCAAUUUCACUUUCUGGCACAGGGAUUAGAUAAUCCAUGUGUUGUUAAGACCAUUGAGAAUUUCUCAGGCAAGGACUAGUGUUUUACUAAGAAUUAAUUUUGUUGAGCACAGCUGUCAUUAGUGGCUUCUGCCCACUGUCUGACAAAUGCUGUAGCUUUUUCUUCUAUAGUAAUAAUGUUUCCUUCCAGAACCAAAAUAACAGAUCAAGGAAGAUACCAAGUACCUCCUUAGUUUUAUUAUGUGCUAGGGUUUGUCAGUUGUUGUCUCUUGGUUGUUUUUUUUUUUUCUUAAUUGGAGUGAGAUUUCUCAUGAAUAAUGAAAUUAAUGUCUUUUGCAGCCAAAAUAAACAACAUAUGGUCAGGGAGAAAGGGACCAGGAAAAGAUGAGGAAGGCACAGCAGCAGCUGAAGCUGAUAGGAGACAAAAUGGACUGAAGGAAACAGAGAGGGGCCAGAUGAAAGAGGCAUGUAUAAAAAGAGGAUUCACCAGCCCCUGUGACUGAAUUUGAGCGAUAAUGUCAAUGGAAUUAACACAUUGCCAUUGUUGAAUGGUCUCCUGUGGCUAUAUAAACAUCAAGAUUUGUUGGCACUGUCUCACCUAAUGCAAGGCAGAAGUUACUAAUGAGGAUGUGGCACAGAAGCAGUUUGGAACUCCUUGGGUCACAAAAUCAGUGAAGAUGGCUGCACUGCAGAGGCAAAGCUGGUCAGGGGGACAGUACUCAUUCUGUGCAGAUGGCAGAGGAUCCUUCUCAAAGAGUUGCCAAGAUGCUCUGGAACUGUGGCCUCUGAGUGCCAGCAGUCUGGGAGCCCCAGGCAGCAGCCAGUGAUGGGGAGAUAUCACUGUGCUGGAGAGCUGGGAUGCUUGUGUACAAACCUGCUCCCUACAGGGUGCUGCUGAGCAGUAAGGACCCUGCUUCAGGUCAUUUCAGCCCCAGCCAUUGCUGCAGAUCCUUCCUCUCUUUGUCCCUUUGGACAUCAAAGGCUCGCAAGGGGACAGCCCUGGCGGGAAGCUCCUCCCUGCUCAUUAGCCUCCAUAAAACAGGAACUCACCUUGGCUAGCUGUGCUUGUCCCAUCCUCAUCCCGCUCACUCUUGACACUGGAUCUCGGAAGGAAGGGCUUGUGCUUGCUUCAGGAAAUCAGACCUGCUUUGGAACUGGACUAUUUUGGCUCCUCUUGUGAGAACUCUGGUGGCUCUCUUGGCCCUGCAAGCUCCUCAACGUCACAGUACAUGGAAAAAUGCAAGCUUUACCAGACGUGAAAGCGCCGUGUGAGGCCCUUCCUUCCCCCAGCCUGGAGCCCUUCCCACAGAGCUCCAUCGUGGUCACCCUCGAGGACAUGGGGCUCUGGAUGAAGUUUCACCAGAUAGGAACUGAGAUGAUCAUCACCAAAUCUGGCAGACGAAUGUUUCCUCAAUGCAAAAUCAAAGUCUCUGGCUUAAUCCCAUAUGCCAAGUACCUCAUGCUGGUAGAUUUUGUGCCAAUGGAUAACUUCAGGUACAAGUGGAAUAAAGAUCAGUGGGAAGUUGCUGGAAAAGCAGAGCCCCAGCUCCCUUGUCGCACCUAUGUCCACCCAGAUUCCCCAGCUCCUGGCAGCCACUGGAUGAAAGAACCUGUCUCCUUCCAAAAACUGAAGCUCACUAACAACACUCUGGAUCAACAUGGGCAUAUCAUCCUGCACUCCAUGCACCGUUACAAGCCGCGCUUCCACAUCGUGCAGGCAGACGAUCUGUUCAGUGUCCGCUGGAGCAUCUUCCAGGUGUUCAGCUUCCCUGAGACUGUCUUCACUUCUGUCACUGCCUACCAGAACGAGCAGAUUACAAAGCUCAAGAUUGACAACAAUCCCUUUGCUAAAGGUUUCCGUGAACAUGGGAAGAACACUCGAAGGGAAGGACGAGCAAAAUGCCAGAAGCCCAGUCCAGCCAAGAGCCAGAAGAGGAAGCUGCCUGAGGAAAAGGAGCCUGCUGCUGAGGAACGUGAUUUUGAGAAGGAUGAGAAUGUAGAUGUGAAGGAAGAGAGUAACCCUGUGGUGGUGAGCAGUGGAUAUCCCUUCUGGGGCUCGGAGCAGAACAGCAGCCAGGCCUUCCCUGCAGCCUCACCAGUGCCUGCUGAGCAGAGGGAGGGGCUGGCCAGAGAGCAGCAAGUGCCAACGCCCUCCUACCAGACAUAUCGGUUCCACGAAGCUGGGGACAGCCAGCAGCUUCCCAGCCGCGAUGCCGCGACCUUGAACGAUUUCCGGGCGAGGUGCCACGCCUUGGAUCUUGCCAUGGUGCCUGAGCACGACUCCAAACAGCUCCCAGAGGGCUUCACCAACCUGCCCCCACUGCCCCCACCUCUGCCUCCUCCCCAGGACUACUCAGGAGUGGUGAACAUGGCUCUGGACUCGGUGGGGAAAGCCGGGGCCCGCGCGCCCAUGUACAGUCCCUAUGGCACCGAGCAGGGCCUGGGGCAGUGGGUGGUGCCUCCCCACAGCCAGUACAGGGCAAUGAGCUAUUCAGCCUUCUCCACGGAGUACAACACACAAGGAACUCCAGGACAUGCCCAUGGCACCAUGGCAGAGUGGAGCCAGUACCCUCUGUUCCCCUAUGCCUGCUGGUGAAUGGGGAGGACUCUUCCCAGUGAAAAAACUGAAAGAAAAUUGUAAAUGACAUUGAAUUUGCUCUGGGGUGUUGGACUUGUGAAACUUUGCCUACACUAGGCAGAGGUAUUUGCUGCAAGCAGUAGCAUGGGACACUUCACUUCCUUGUCUCCUUGCACAACAGCCCUCACCAUAUUUCACAAGCAGUGGUUAAACUGGUGGCUGCCCCAGCAAUGUCAUUGUGGGUCAGGCUCAAUGUGUUCUGCAGUGGUUUUUUUCCUAGCAGGAGUAGGAAACCACAGGUCUGCAAGAACAGUAUUUAAAGAGCUGCUGAACUCACAGUCACAGUGUUGGCACCUCGCAUUUGGCAGUUUCCAACAUCCCUUCCUCGUGGGACUUGGUGCAAGGAGAUAGGGGCUGAGGACUUCCAGUAAGUCAUCCAUGUGGCCAAGAGGCUGUAGAACAUAUUGCAAAGAUGAGGAAAGCAAGCAAUCUUGGUGAACUUUGAACUUGGUGAACUUUGAACUUGGUGAACUUUGAGCAGCUUCCUCAGUUAGUAUAGUCAAAGUAAAGCUAAAGUCUCACCUUUCUUCCAGCAGCAGCAGAGAGUCAAAUGCACAGCAAGGUGUGUCUGGAGCACAGCAGUGGGUCGUGCAGGCAGGGGAGAGUUUGUCCCAUGCAGGAGAAGUAGCAGCAAGGCUGUGUGUGGUGUCUUCCUGUCCCCGUGCCCAUCCCUCCUCUGUCAGCCCCAGGUCCAAGGUCAGUGACACACUCUUCAUUCCGUGGAGGUGGAGGGAGGUUGUUCAUGGAACGUGGGGGACUCCUCUGGGGCUUUCCGAGGUUGUCAGAAGCAGGGCCAUGAACUUCAGUGCUGCUGUGUCACUCCAACCUCUUCCUUUAGAGGGAGAGGAAAUUUUCCACUGUGAACUUACCCCUCCUGCUUCCUGCCACCCCUGGAGAAUAUAAUUUAUAGUUGUGGUUCCUGCGCUGCUCUGAGUGUGUGUGAAGUCAUCUUGCUGCUGUUUGGGAGUCUGUAGGAUCUGUCCAUGUUCAGUUAUCAGAGUGGUUCCACCUCCCUCCGCUCUGGUCCCAUCCUGAGCAGGAGCAGCCUGUGCAUUGCCAUGCAAGAAGGGAUUCUUCUCAUCUUCCUGUUAGAAGAGGGAGGCCUCCCUGUUUGUCCAAGUGCAGAUGGCCCUGGCGUUGGGGACUUGGUGAGACAGACUCAUUGCUGCUCAGGGAGGAUAGACAUGUUGCUGAGUGUUAUUUAGGGAAUGUUUUCAUGUCACACUAAUAGCUGCUGUGUGGCCUGCAGCCAUCAGUAGGCACCGAGGUGUGUCAUUUAUCCUGUGUGCACACAUGUGAAAAUGUGUGGGUGUAUGUGUCUCUGAGCAGACCUUGGCAGGUUUGUGCCCAGUGCCUCAGGAGCCCUGUGCAGGGACACUGGGAAAGGCUGUGCACCAGGUUCUUGGGGCACCAGCUCCUCACUGUGCAUCUGCAUAGCGUAGGGAUGUUGAGCUAUGUUAUUAUUGUUAAAAUUGUGAAAAGUAGCCCUGUAAAUGUGGACUCAGCUACAAUGACUGUUUCCUUAUUUAAAUUGUAUAGUGUGAACUGCUUUUGUACCACAGUUAUGAUAUGUACAGAGCAGCUGAGUACUUCCCCUGGGGUUCCCAGGAUUUGAGGAUGUGCAGCAUUGAAAUAAAGGUCAGACUUUGCCACAGUACAUGUACACAAUGCCCUGUGAGCCUCCCCUCUGAUGGCACCCUGGCCAGUAGUGAUUUGUACCUGCUGUGCAUGAUACAUGUGUGGAUAUGAGCAACUCACUUACAAAGAAAUCUGUCUGGAGAAACAAAAUGUGGAGCAGGUUGUGUUGGUUUUUUUUUUUUUUUUAAUGCCAAAAUACCAUGAUUUCCUGCUGUCCAAAUGCCGGCUGUGUGAAGGGCAGGUCAACUGUAAAAGGCUGUCUCUGGCUAUCAGUAGUUACCACCACUGUCCUUCACAUCUUGGAAAUGAGACGAGCAGAAUGGCUGGGGAGGUGAGUGAGUGCCUCGAGCACCAUGUGCAGGGACCCGAGGGGGUUACUUUGUGCAGAACACAGGAUCACUGCCAGCAGCAUGCCCACAACAGAGAGAAUGCAUUCCCCACAGGCUACCUGGCUGGAUCUGUUUCUUCAUCUUUGUAGCUGGGAGGUGUUUCCCUGUCACAGAGUGCUAAUAAGGAUGAAAAGCUGCAGUGAGCAUGAGUAACUGAGGACAGCUGGGCAGCACUGGGGAAUUCCUGUGAAAAUAGGACUGCAAUGCUUUUUCUUUCAAACCUUUGGUCGCAGUACAGGUGCUGCUGCCCCCUGGGCCUGUCGGUAGAGCUGGUUUGGCAGACUGGCUCUGCACUGGGGUAAAAGACUCAGCUUUGUGCCUAGGACGAGCCAUCAAUUACUCAUCAGCCUUCUGUUGCAACAGGACUGCUUGCCCUUCUCCAGUGAAUCAUGCAGCUUGCUGGAGAAGCACCUAUCCUUUCUCUCUGAUUAGAGACUGCUCUCGGCUUGUUUGGGAAGCCUUUGGAGAUUUAGCCUGUAGGUGUGCUCUGGACUCCGCUCCCGCCCCCUCCCUUUGCAGUUCCCACUGGCUUGUUUUCUUCAGCUGUGGCAUUUAAAGUCUGUAGGAGCUCGACUGAAAUGCUGGUUUUGCACGCAUGUGAGAUAAUGCAAUGCCUCUGACAGCUUCAAUAAAAGGAAACAAGACAUGUGGAAGUCAGGCCAUUAAGACUAAUAAAAUA